AUGCUUCAAGACAGUGUCCGCCAUUUGGAGACGCCUGUCCCGCUCAUGUUCGAGAUCGUUGCGAAACCCCUUUUGUUACGCGAUCAAAGAAGCUCUCGGGAACACACGGAUCCCCACGAUCGCGUGGAGAGCGUCUUUCCUCCUCCUCCACCUCCAUUAGAGGACUCUCGCGGUGGCCAGCGCUAUCUAGUUGAGCAGCUGUUGAGCCACCACGACGUGAACGGACGUCGGACGAGUUAUCUCGUCCGAUGGCGCGGCUAUCCCCCGUCCUGGGAUACUUGGGAGCCCCACUCCCAACUGAUGAUCGACGUACUGGGUCUGGUUGAGGACUACGACGCGGCACAUCCUGUGCCGAAGAAGGACCGCUGGAUAAAGUCUUCCAGGCACGGUCGUAAAGGGAUUUCAGGUUGUCAAUCCCUUCGUACAUCUCAGUAG